CUAUGAUCACAAUCCUUUAGACGAGGAAUGGGAGAUAGCAACCAUAAUUUGUGAGUGCUUGAAAGUAUUUUUUAAAGCCACAUGUCAUCUCAGUGGCACAUGUUUUCCCACAUCAAAUGUAUUUUUUCCUGAGAUAUGCAAGAUUCAAAUGCAACUUAACAAGUGGGAGACAAGUGAAUAUGACUUUCUUCGUUUGAUGGCUAAGCCUAUGAGUUAGAAGUUUGCAAAAUAUUGGGACGAGUCUUGCUUGGCCCUCGCAAUUUAUGUAGUUCUUGACCCAAGAUGCAAAAUGGUUGAGGUGGAGUUUUAUUAUGAGCGAAUAUAUGGCCCUUACGAGUCCACCAGUUACAUUGACAAGGUCCGUACUAUCUUUUCUAAGCUUUUUGAUGAGUACGACAGUGGCGGAGGUGUUUUUGAGGGUAGUAGCUCGAGUCGAAGUCAUGCGCUCAUGGGUUCUUCCAAACAUAACUUGGAUGGCUUUCAGGAGUGGUACGAAAAGGCACAUGCUUCUAGCAUCAAUGCGUUCCAGAAAUCAGAGAUGGACCAGUACUUGGUGGAGAUUGUGUUUCCAAAUACCGAGGACUUUAAUAUUUUACAUUGGCGGAAGGUAAACAGUGGGAAAUAUCCUACUUUGGCAAGGAUGGCACGUGAUAUUUUGGCAGUUCUGGCUACUACAGUUGCUUCGGAGGCGGCGUUUAGUGUGGGAGGUAGGGUAAUUGAUGAAAGUCGUACUUCUUUACUUCCGGAUAUCGUAGAGGCUUUGAUGACUACCAAUGAUUGGAUUGAAUCCCCUAAAAAAAGAAUUGAUGAAGCAAGUGUUGCCGAACAACGGUGUUAAUAGGGGUAAGGUAA